CUGAUCAUUUAACAAUGAUGUGACGUAGACCCUAUUUACACCUUGACCAUAAUUCUACUGCGUAAAUCUUACACUGGUUCGGAUUUCAACGGAGAGCGAUGCUUCGCAUACCAACCCUGGCAUACCCGGCUGAGGUUACGACCGGCGGCGGCGGAAUGACGAGCGAUCGCUCGUAGCAGAUGACGUGCGGAUCAACGACGAGACAGAUCGACCGCCGCGACGCGCCGUGAUCCCUGUCGUGAGUGAGGAUUCGCCUGAGUUGUGCUGAUCAACCUCUCAUUGAUCCCUCAUUGAUCCCGUAUUGAUCCUGUAGUGAUUCCUCAUUGAUCCAGUAUUGAUCUCUCAUUGAUCCAGUAUUGAUCCCUCAUUGAUCCCUCAUUGAUCCUGUAGUGAUCCCUCAUUGAUCCAGUAUUGAUCCCUUAUUGAUUCCUCAUUGAUCCCUCAUUGAUUCCUCAACGACAAGCCGGUCGACGAAACAGGUCGACACGCGACUGCGCCGCCACGUCGUGAUUGUGAUCGACCGUCAGGAUUCGCUCGCGUUGCGUGAUUGGUCGUCGUCGUCGCCAUGCGGAGUAGCUGUCGAGCGUACAAAGUCUGUAGUGCGCACAAACACCCCGUCGAGUUUCUCCCGAACCCGACACCACUCACGCCGACUGACAUAACACUGAUCAUGAGCGCGCGAUCGAACACUUCCGGCUCGGCCGCCGUCGUCGCCGCGACGAUGAGGCGCGCGUGAUCGAACCUUCGCACGACACGAUGGCCGCGUCUCGAUGCCGCGACGUCGACCCCGCCUCGACCCCUCGCCGCUGCCGCCCGUCCCGCGUCCGCCUCAAGUGCGUGCUGCCUCCCCUCCUCCUCGUCCUCAUCCUCGCUCCCCUCGUCGCGCACCACUACAUGUCGCGCGUCGAGGACGCCGACGGAGACGGAGGAGGCGGCGACGAGUUUGUGAGGAGAGCGCGGGUGAAGCUGGACGCGUGGGACGACGCGUCGUCGGGGGCGACCGCAUCCGACCUUCGCAUGCGCGUCGACGAGCUGCUGCGCAUCAAGUCGAGCGUCGGCAACGAGCUGCGCGAGCUGGAGAGUCGCCGCCAGUCCCUGCAGGUCGAUAUAUCAAAGCAGCAGACGAGAGUCGACGAACUCAAGCUGAGCGUUGGUGAAGGCAGGAGGCCGCGACCUCGCAGCGCCUCCAGCUCUCGUGUGACACCCGGAGGAGGUCGGGCGGCGCCGCGGGGGAGAGUGAGGCGGCGGUGCGCGGCGCGGCGGCGCGCGCGUUCGCAGACGGACUCGCAGACGACGCGGGACGCCGCCGCGGUGCCAUGUAGUCGUCGUCCCGCGGCAACCGGUCCGUCGAGCUCGCACCGCCUCCCGCAACUUGGCACGGCGAAAGCGGACGAACAUCUCUUGCUGCGUCUCAACGGGGACGAGUCGGCGUCGAAGAGGCCGGACGCGUUCCGCGGGGGUCGACAGCGGGUCGAGCGAUGGUGGCGUCGGCGAGCGUUCCUCGAGGGCAGUUUUUCCAGUCGCGGGUUCGACAUCGUGUUGCCGGUGAUGUGGGGCGCGUCGCACGGACAGACGCGACCUCGGCUCGCGAUGCGCCGCCGGCGGCGAAGCGCGCGUCUGGGAGCCGCACCUGGCGACGACCGGAGGCGGCGAUCCGGAACGCGAACUCAGCGGGCGUGCGAUCCCGGCUCCUCGUCACCGCGCCGCCUCCCGCGGCCGACGGCAGGCGUCGCCGGAGCGCGGUUCAAGCGCCACCUACAGGCCGCAGACGGCGGAGGUCGUUGGGGGGGGAGCCGGAGGUUUGACGAGACGUCGGGGAGCGUGAGCCGCGGACACGCGUCGGCCGGAGUUACCGCCGCAAACUACACGUGGUCGGCGCACGCCGACGUGUGGAACGACGACGCGUGGAGCGACCCAUUCCACCUCUACCCGCACACGCCGUUCGACCCCGCGCUGCCGACAGAGGCCAAGUUCCGGAACCUAGGUUCUGGACUUGGCUUCCGGCCGAUAGGGAAUGGAGCGGGAGGCGCCGGGAAAGAGUUCAGCGAAGCUCUGGGAGGCAACGUUCCUAGGGAGCAGUUUACCGUCGUGCUGCUUACAUACGAGAGAGAGGCGGUGCUCAUCAGUUCGCUGCAGAAGUUCUACGCUCUCCCGCAUCUCAACAAGGUGAUCGUCGUCUGGAACAGCGAGAAGCCCCCGCCAGAGGACCUGCGCUGGCCGGAGAUCGGUGUGCCCAUACAUGUGAUAAAAACUAACAGGAACAGUUUGAACAACCGUUUCUUGCCUUACGACGUCAUCGAGACGGAAGCCAUACUGUCGAUGGACGAUGACACUCAUCUGAGACACGACGAGAUCAUGUUCGCGUUCAGGGUGUGGAGAGAAGCCAGAGAGAGGAUCGUUGGCUUUCCUGGACGCUUCCACGCCUGGGACGUGCAGCACAAGAACUGGCUCUACAACUCUAACCACUCGUGCGAACUAUCCAUGGUUCUAACGGGAGCAGCUUUCUUCCACAAGUUGUACGAUCGUGCACGUCGUAAUACUUUCUUCGUAAUAAUUGUUAUUAUAAAACUCCACUUGAAGAUAUCCUCACGUGCGCACGCCCUCAUGAAAUACACACCACUACUUCGUUUCGCGGAAAUUCGAACUGCCCAGUCGUUCACGUCCCGUCGCCGCGGCAACCACAGACUCAAUCGCCCGCCGUAUUUCCCCGCACAGGUGACGUCGCGCUGGACGUUCAACUGUCCCGGCUGCCCCGUUGCAUUGUGGAUCGAGGACUCGCACUUCGAGGAGCGACACAAGUGCAUCAACUUCUUCGUCGAGGUCUACGGCUACAAUCCGCUGCUCUACACGCAGUUCCGCGCCGACUCGGUGCUAUUCAAGACACGGAUUCCUCACGACAAACAGAAGUGCUUCAAAUACAUAUAGUCGCGCGACACGCGUCGUAGAGCAUAGUGAGUAUCGUACGGUAUAGCUCGUAUUGUACAGUAU